UCAGACUUUGGACUGGUCGGUCAGGUUUAUUUAUAAACCACAGAUUAAUGACACUUCUUCCUUGUUUCACCAGCCGAAGGUAGUCUUCCCGCACCUGCAGGGAGCCUUCUGAGAGACAGAAGUGAGUAAAACAUGGGCGACGAGGAGACGAAGAUCAUCUCUAUUGAACUGAGCGAGAAAGGCUUGGAGAACAAUGGCUUUGUUCAGAGCGAGGAGCUGGAUGAAAAGGAAGUCGAUGCCACUAGCCAAGAAGAGGUGCCCAUACCAUGCACUCUCAGCAUCAAGCCAGAAGCGAUGGAAGAAGUAGAUGUGAGGCCUUAUGCAGGAAUGCCCAAAGAAGUCCUCCUCAAGUUCUCGUCUCAGGCGCGGUACAGAAUUACCAGAGAGAUACUCUUCUGGUUGAUCAUUGCCUCCGCACUGGUGCUGGUGGCAGCUACCAUCGCGAUCAUUGCCAUGUCCCCAAAGUGCCUUGGCUGGUGGCAAGCCAGCCCCAUUUACCAGAUCUACCCUCGGUCGUUUAAGGACACCAACAGGGAUGGGAAUGGAGAUCUCAAAGGUAUCCAAGAAAAACUAGAUCAUAUCCAGUAUCUAAAUAUCAAGACAAUCUGGAUCACAUCUUUUUACAAAUCUACAUUAAAAGACUUUGGAUAUGGAAUAGAAGAUUUUCGAGAUAUAGAUCCUAUGUUUGGAACCAUGAAAGAUUUUGAAAACCUGGUUUCAGCGAUCCAUGAUAGAGGUUUAAAAGUGAUCAUGGACCUCAUACCCAACCAUACUAGUAAUAUGCACAAAUGGUUUCAGCUGAGUCGUAAUUGGACUGGGAAAUACACAGAUUAUUACAUCUGGCAUGACUGUGCACAGAUCGAUGGGGAAACCAUGCCACCAAAUAAUUGGGUGAGCGUGCUGGGGAACUCCAGUUGGCAGUAUGAUGAGAUGAGAACACAGUGUUAUUUCCAUCAGUUUGGAACAGAACAGCCCGAUUUAAAUUUCCGUAACCCAGAUGUUCAAGAAGAAAUUCAUGAUAUCAUCAGAUUUUGGCUUGGCAAGGGCAUAGAUGGAUUUAGUGUUAAUGCUGUUAAAUUCCUUCUGGAAGCAACACACCUGAGAAAUGAACCUCAAGUGAACAAAUCCCAAAAUCCGGACAGCAUCACAGCCUAUUCUGAACUGUAUCAUGACUACACCACCACUCAGGUUGGCAUGCACGAUAUAGUCCGCAGUUUUCGACACACCAUGGAUAAGUUCAGCAGUGAGCCUGGUAGAUACAGAUUUAUGGGCACAGAGGCCUACCAGGACAGCAUUGAGGGGACAAUGAUGUAUUAUGGGACAUCUUUUAUUCAAGAAGCAGAUUUUCCUUUUAACCUCUAUCUUAUGAACAUGAAAGAAAUCUCAGGAAAUGAUAUUUUUGAAAUGGUAACUUUGUGGAUGAAGAAUAUGCCACAAGGGAAGUGGCCAAGCUGGGCGGUUGGAGACCCUAACAGUGCUCGUAUCUCCUCUCGGAUUGGAAAGGAAUACAUAAAUGUUAUAAACAUGCUUCUUUUAACCCUUCCUGGAACACCUACAACAUACUAUGGUGAAGAAAUAGGGAUGGAAGAUGAUACAUCAGAAACUGCAAGCUUUCCAGAAAAAUCGCCUAUGCAAUGGGAUGACAGUCUUCAUAGUGGCUUUACUGAAGGCAACUCAACCUGGUUAUCCGUAAAUCCUGACUAUCCAAAUGUAAAUGUGAAAGUCCAAAAGAUUCACCAGAAUUCUACGCUCAACUUGUAUCGAGAGCUCAGUUCUCUUCGGACUAAUGAGCUUCCAAUCCAUAGGGGAUGGAUGUGUUACAUUUGGAAUGACAGCAAUGUCUUUGUGUAUGUGAGAGAACUGGAUGGCCUAGAUAAAGUCUUCAUGAUGGUCCUAAACUUUGGACUGGAGACUACAACAGAUCUGCAGACUAUAGUUCCUGACCUUCCCUCAGAAGCUGUUAUAAAGCUAAGUACCAACAUUAGCAACAGCGAUAAAUCUGUAAAUACCAAAACAAUCAAAACUGAAAAGGGUGAAGGACUAAUCUUGGAAUACAGGACAAGCAAACCACUCCAUAAGAUGGAAGCUUUCACAGAGAAGUGUUUUGUUGCAGAAAAGGCAUGCUAUUCUAAGGCCUUCAAUUUACUCCAUAUGUAUUGCUAAGUGGCCCUAUUUGUAUUCCAAACCAAUAGGGGUGUACACGGAACCACCAACUGCGGUCCAGCACUGGGGUGGGGGGUAGAUUUAAGAGCGGCGGAAGGGUUUACUUACCCCUCCCGCUGCCGUAAUUCUAGGAGUAAU